CAUUUAGAUCCGCACUGAUGAAGAACACGCCCAACAUGGUAAAAGGUGCUGCUCAUCUCUACGUCCUGCCUAUGGUCUUCAUGGCAUUUGUCACUGUAGCUAGUUGCCUUGGAGGGCAAAUUAAAAAAUUCACAUACAACAAUAAUGGAUUCGGCACGUACAGUUUUGAAUAUGAGACAUCAGAUGGUACGUAUAGAAGGGAAGAUGGUGGGAUCCUGCCCGGCCCAGGUGGUAGCUCGCUAGUCGUACGAGGAGAGUACGGGUAUAUUGACUCCAGAGGAAAGCCCUACUCAAUGAAAUAUGUAGCAGAUGCCAGUGGCUUUCACCCAAGAGUCAAUGACGAUUAUACGAGGUUCAAUGACAGAAGAAUUAUUUGAUACUGUGAUAUUAAAGUUUU